GUGAUUUCCAUAGAAAGAAAGCAGGAAGUUUUUCAUAAAACACCAGCUCGCUCGGUGUGUUUGCGCGUUAGUUUAGCGGUUGAAACGGUCUGAAAUGGGUUUUAAUGAGUGACCGGGACCUGGACUGACAGAAUUCUUCCUUCACAAUGGUUCUCCUCCGACUAGUUUCGGUGUUCAUUUGUGUGUGGCUGUCGUCCGCGGUGAGCGUUUUAUCACGGUCGCAUCUCAACUGCCCUCGACAGGACGUGAGUUGUAGAGUCACCACAACUAACUGUAUGGACCCGUCAUGGCUGUAUGUGAAUGAGUACACUCCCAGCAGUCCCGAGGGGCUGCAUGUGACUGUGGACACCCGGGAGGACGAGACAGGCGUCCUGCAGCCGGUCCUGAUCGCUGACUGGAAGAUAAAGGAUGAGGGCAGUAUCGGUUACCUGAACGCCACCGAGCUCCAUGUUCUGGUAGUGUCCACCAACGAGAACCUGUGUGUCCGAUAUUCUUUCACGGAGAAACUGCCAAUGAGAAGUCCAUCAGGGGAGCAGUGGUCGUUCUCAGCUGACAUGGUGGUGUUGGAGCCGGGUCAGAUCUACCGGGUCUCUGUCUUCAACAUCCCCAAACCAGAGCUGGGCCACAGCAGCUAUGACGUCAGCACGGAAGUCAACGUUCCCGAUUGUCAAGAUCCCAAAAUGCGGAUGACCCAUUAUUGCAUAGCGAGAGGCAGUCUGUGGCGGCCCUCCAUCAGCCUGGCUCAGAUCGCUGGAGCCAGGGGCAGAUCAGCGCUGGCCGUCAGCUUCACUCCUGACCCACUGUGUGACCAGUACAUGGUCAUCGUUUGCUGCUCCAACACCCAACGUACAGUCCGGGCAUACAAGGCUAAUCAGACGACCCUGAACGUAACAUUCAGCCUGGAUGAAUGGCCGAGAUCUUGCUGUCAGUUUGACGCCGAGAUCAAACCUCUUUUCCCACCAUGUGGCCAGGACUGCACCCGUCGAAGGAAAACGCUGAAUAUAUGUCGCGUGAAUCCAACAGUUGCCCCCGAUGUCCCUGUGUACACAUUUGUCAUCCUGGGAGUGGCAUUCGUGUGUGUUGUGAUGGCAGUUAUUAUGUACGUCCUCUGCCGGAAGCCAGGUAAGCCUGGUGUUACUCCGCCACCUGUGGGCGGUGUGACAGCGUGGCAGCAGCAGCAGCUCAAACAGCGUCCCAAAGUGCUGGUCAUCUACUCCCAGGACCACCGCCUCUACAGGGACGUGGUGCUGAAGCUCUGCGCCUUCCUCCGGGCCAAGUGUGGCACCAAGGUGCUGGUGGACCUGUUAGACUCCACCUCGGUCGGCAUGAUGGGCCGCCUUCGCUGGCUUGAGUGGCAACGACAGCAGCUUCAAAAUCCGUCCGAUAAAAUCCUGGUGCUGUGCUCGCAGGGCGUCCAGGCAAAGUGGAGGGCCAUGUGCGGCCAAGGGCGGGUGACGCUGAGGGAAGACCUUCUCUCCCCGACGGACGACAUGCUCACUCCCUUCCUCAACCUCUUCCUACCUGACAUGCACCAGGCAGGCAUGCUGGGUAAGUACAUGGUGGCUUACUUCGAUGACAUCAGCAGGAAAGAGGACGUGCCGUCGGUCUUUGACAUCGCGGUCAAAUACAAGCUGAUGAAGCAUUUCGAGGAGCUGUACUUCCGCAUUCUGGACAUGGAGAAGUAUCAGCCGGGUCAGGUCAACCACAUCCGGGGCAUUGGUGGGGACGAAUACUUCCAGUGUCCCUCAGGCAGAGCCCUGAGGAACGCCAUUGAAACCUUCCAGGCCUACCAGCUGGAACAUCCCGAUUGGUUUGAGAAGGAGUGUGUGGCCGGUGACGAGGAGGUCUUGACUGAGGCUAACCUGCUCAUUGAGCAGCUGCACAUCCCUCCAGUCCUCCAGUGUCUUCCUCUCAUCAGAGAUGGGCCUCCCGUCUACAUCCGCGAGGUUGACAUCAGGGAAAACGGCGACAGCGUUCAUGUCCUUACACCUGAAGUGAACCCGGAGCGCGAGCGGUCCUCACUGGCAGAGCUCACGCCAGUAGUGAACCCUCAGGGUCUGUCCAGCCUGGAUGAAGUGUUGAGCGAUCACAUGCAUCCCCACAGCCCCAGGCCCCCGUCCGUCUACGUAGUGGAGCCUGUUUUGAAAAACGUGCUGCCACCAACACGGAGCUGGCUCUCCCCCGAGGAAGAACCCUUCGGUCAGAUCCCCACUGAGGAUGAGGAUGAGGAAGAGGACUCUCUGCUACCUUUGAGCCAACCCUCCGCUCAUUCGGACCAGAGGAGCUCGGCCCCACACAACUCCAUGAUGGACUCACAGCCUCCAGAAUCCUCAUGCGCCAGCAUGCAGAGGGAAUAUCUCCCUCCGUCCAAAGUGGCCCCCUCUCAGCCUGUGGAGAUGGAGGAGGACGAGGUUCUGGGGCCCAGUGGAAAGGGCCCAAGCAGUGGAUCGGAUCAGGGCUACAUCUCCAAAAUGUCCUCCCAGCAUGAACUCCCUUUCAAAGAGGAUCCGCUGGAGGCUCUGAGAAGACUGCAGGAGGAGCUGUUUCAGAACAAUCCCGAAUACUCUGACAUAUGAGACCACCCCACCCCCACCCCCACGUUCACUGACUUUAACCGACAUCAGCUGUGGGGUAAUGAUAAGCAUCUGAAUGUAGAGCUCCAAACACAGAGGUAUUUCUGUGGCCAGUAAAGUGUGGGGCGUAUAUGUAUGUGCAUAUAUAUCCAAUGUUUGUUGAUGGUAUUCUAAAUAUAACAACCAAUUUGUUAUUGAUGUCGUUUGAUCAAAACUCAUGAAGACAAAUCUACAUGAUCAUGCCAUCAUAGAACAAAGAAGUGACAAUGAACGUGUAGAUUCAAUCUCCAUAUCAGUUCUUUUCAACUCGGUGAAUUUAUGGUAUUCAGCCAGAACCUAUUUUCACAGAGAUAUUGUACUUGGAAGAAGAAAUGAUGGAAUCAUUUGCUCCAGCAUCUCUGGCCGUUGGAGGAACUGCAGCUGGGCUUGUGCUUCUGGCACUAGGCUCAUCACUACCAACUACCAACUAGGCUCAGGGGGCCCUUAAGCUCCAGGUUCACAUUUUGGCAAUAACUAAAACACAUUCUGAAAUGAUAGGAGACUCAAAGCUGCAGUUAUUAACUUUCGUGAAGAAUAACUUGUCAUAUUUGCUCAAACUGUCACCAUAUCCUGACAGUAGUACAUUAGACAGAAAAUCUGUGAAACUUGUUUUCUCUCUCAUUCUGGUGCUCCUGAUGGCAUCAGGAAAACAACCAAUCAGGGCCGAGUCUCGGAGAUGAGAAGGUCUGGGUCCGGCCGGUCGGCCGCCGGGCGCUGCUUGGUUUUGACUCGACUUGAAAAACAUGAGGAGAGAAAUAGGCCAUGCAGCACCAGAAUCCUGAUUCAUAUUUCAUCAGCACUGACACAAUCUGACUCAUGUCCUACUGUCAGGAUAUAGUGUCAGUUUGAGCAAAUAUGACAAAAAGUUAUUUUUAUAAAAGUUACCUGACUGAACCUUUAAGUUUUUUCUUACACAAUCCCGAGGCCCUUCUUGUAAAAUAAAAUUUAGCCGAGGUCUAGUUUUAAGGCUUUGUAAAUUUCAGUUUGUAUUGUGCCUACAUGGCAGGGUUCCCCCCAGAAAACAUGUUUAGCCCAGUGGCAAGUGUCCCAGCUGGGGCCGGUCCCAGACUGAUGGCAGCACUCAUGUAGAGCCCAGUAGUUUCUGUGACAACAGAAUCAUGGGAUGGAACCGCAAAAUUGAGAAUUUAAGGUUAGGGGGUUAGGGUUAGGAAAAACUAUGAGACAGAUUCCACAGGGCUCUACAUUAAUUAAGUCAGCCAAAAUAUGACUAUGUCUAAGUUUCCAACUGAGCCGCCCCACUGUGACUGCAGUUUUAAAACGUUGGGGAAACCCUGCAUGGCACACUUAACUUCAUCAAGUCAGCUACUACUCACUAAUGGGAGCAGCAGCUAAUGUUUCCCCCGGGGCCCGCUACUGGCUUCAUCUGGCCCUGGGGAGUUGUUGCUCCACAUGGACACAAAUGAAGA